CCAGCACAGCAGAAUCAGGGGAGGGACGCCAGCAUAAGCUCCCGGUUUCACUGCUCACACAAGGAGAGGACAGGCUGAGGAGAGGCUGGAAACUGAUGGUGAUGCGGCUUUGAUUUAAACCGCUUGCUCUAGGAAAAUUAAUCGGGAAUUUGAGAGAAACCGUAUUUGGACAAUAUGGAGAUGUCAGAAUCAGUCUCACAGCAGGAGCGGCUCCAGGCUAUUGCAGAGAAAAGGAAAAGACAGACAGAAAUUGAGAACAAGAAAAGACAACUAGAAGAUGAUCGACGACAGCUUCAGCACCUCAAGUCAAAGGCGCUGCGGGAAAGAUGGCUGCUGGACGGUGCGCCCACUGCCGGAUCUGAAGAGGAUGAGACCAAGAAACAGCUCCUCGAGGACGAGGCCAAAACUAGAGACCUAGAGGAGAAUAUCAUCAGAAUGGAGAGAGAGCUGGAGGAACUAGAGACAGGUGUGUCUGCAACAUCCACCAAAGAGAACCUGAAAGAUGCCGUACAGGAAGACAACACCAAUGCACUUGAAACAAAGGUUGUGACAGACGCUGUUAAAGAGGUCAAAGUUCACAUCAGUCCUCGUCUGGUGAAAUCCGGAGGUGACUAUGACAAGAUGAGAGCAGCGAUGUACUCCGUAGAGAUUACGGUUGAGAAGGACCUGGUGACUGGGAAGACCAAAGUCCUGUCCACUAACACACUGCUUCCCAAAGACCUCUCGCAACAAGGGGUCAAGGUCUAUGAGGAUGAACAGAAAGUGGUGCAUGAGGUCCGCACUGUGGAUGGCGUAGUAACCAAUGGUGUUCACCAGCUCAGCUCUACAGAGGUGGAAGAGCUCCUUCACAAAGCUGAUGAGGUCACCAUGACUGAGAGCAGAAAGGCCACACCUAAACUGGAACGAGGGAAAGCCGAAGAAACCAAGAAAGUGAAAGAUAUAGUCCCACCUGCGACUGUCUCCGGCCCCAUGAAGGAGAUCACGGGUAUGGAAGCGAAACCCAGGGCCCCCCAGACAGAAGUGGGCGGGGCCAGUGCAGAGAAACCGGUUACCAUGGUAUUCAUGGGUUACCAGAAUGUGGAAGAUGCGGACGAAACGAAGAAGGUUCUAGGGCUGGAAAGUACAACUGUGAGGGCAGAGGUGGUGGUCAUUGAGGAUGGAGAUGCCAAGACCACCGCCACAGACACAAAGCAGGAACAGGCGCCUCCUAAUGGCAGUCCAGCAGAUCCACCAAAGGCAGAAGACCCCGAGGCAGCUGGCGAGGCAGGGCAACCAGAGGGGGGCGCUGCUGAGGUCAAAAGCAAGGAGAAACAACCCUGCAAGUGCUGCACCAUCAUGUGAGUCCUUGCAGACAAGGAUUUUAUUGAUGGGAUGCAACAACAUACACAGCGAACAAUAGCAAGGCAGAGAAUAAACGUUCACUAUCUUUUGAUAGAACGCUGUUGUUUCUUUAAUUGAUUUUUAGCUGUUUUAUAUCCUCUAUUUUCCCUCUUCCCCCUUGAUACCCUCUAACCUCAUUUCAACUUCAUGCAUUUUAUUUUAUUUUUCUGGUUUUAUUGUGCCUGAAAUGAAUCAUUCUCACAUACUUGUGAGAGAGGUCUGAGGAGGAUUUUCUCUUUAACUGAACCGAGUUGAUCAACAUCCAACAAACCUCUUUAUCAGCAUUAACUUCACACGGAGUUUGUUUUCUUUCCAUAUGUGGACUCAAUUAUCUCUGUAUAACUAAAACAUAUCUGAGCCAUUUAUUUUUGAAAAGCUAUUUAUUUUGUUCUUCGUUCCCUUGUUAAAAACCCCAAAUUUUUGCAAAGCAUGAUGUGUUGCGUGCUAUCCAAAGUAUUUUCACUGAACACAACAGCGGUUUGCGUUGUGCUUUAUUUAUUGCUUAUAAAGCUGUGAGAAACAUUUAGGUUAUUAUUUUCUUGUAGUCGUCCUGAGCUUCUGGGAUUUAUAGAACACACUACACGGUUGCUUAAAAAUGGCCGAACCAUAUAUAUAGUGAUAGUGUCCAUCAUGUUUUCAUGCGGUAAAGGGACAUUUCACCCAAAAAUGAAAAUUCUGUCAUUAUUCAAUCACUCUCAG